CAGACCGCCCGGCCCACGCGGGGCCGAAGCCUCCGCCCCGCCGCCGCCCGCCGCCGGCGCGCGGGCCCUUCCCCCUCGAACGCGCGCGGGCGGGCCGGGAGGUCGCGCGCGCGCGGAGGGGGCCGCCGAGGAGCCGCCCGCCCGGCGCCGCGCGCGGGCCGCCGAGCGGGGUACGGCGCGAUGGCCGCCACCGCGGAGCUGGAGCACUUCUGCGGGUACGGCGGGGCGCACCUGAACACGGUGCGGUACCAUCCCCUGCAGGCGGAGACGCUCAUCUACACGGCCGCGAGCGCGGUCAUCAUCGAGGACGUGAACGACCCCCACAAGCAGGAGUUCCUCCGCGGCCAGCAUGACAACGAGGUGUCCGCCCUGGACGUGUCCGCCAACGGCAAGCUCCUGGCCAGCGGGCAGCUGGGCUCCCCGAGCCGGAAGGGCGCCGUUGCGCCCGUGGCCGUGUGGGACUUCGACGCGCGGCAGGUCCACAUGGUAUUCGAGGGGCUCGCCCACCGCGUGCUGAACCUCAGGUUCUCCCCCGACGGACGGUUCCUGGCGGGCACUGGCGCGAACCAGAUGAUAUACGUGUGGGAUGUCUCCACCGGCGAGGUGGUGGCCUCGCGGAAGACGGAGGCGCCUUGCUUCCUGGCCGUCUGGGGCGCCAUGGAGAGCGGCGGGCGCUACCCGUCUUACACCCUGUGCACGGCGUACGACAGCCAGAUCCUCAUCCACCAGCUGGCGUUCGACAUCCGGACCAUGUGCUACGGCCUCUCCAGCGAGGUCGUGCAGAUGCCCCCCACGGGGCUCCAGAGAAAGCACAUCUGCGGGAUGGUGCGCGGGGACUUCCUGCUCACGGGCACGCUGGCCGGUGACAUGUGCGUCUUCAGCUUGAAGACGAAGGUGUUCCGCACGUCGCUGCCGCUGUGCAGCAGCGGGCUGACCAGCAUGGCGGCGGCGGGCAGCUUCCUCUACGUCGCGGGCGGGGACGGGCGCGUGAAAACGCUCACGGGCGACGACACGCACUGGGACUGCCAGGCGGAGAACGUCCUGGAGAUCGGGGUGACGUCGCUAACGCCCUCCAGCGACUCCCAGGAGCUGGUGGCGGCGACCAGGAACGGCAAGCUGUUCCGGCUCCUGUGCUCCGACCUCACGUACACCCUGCAGGCGGUGUCCCACACCGCUGAGGUGACGGACGUGGCCUUCGGACCGACCAGCGACACCGUGGUGACGUGUUCCGAGGCGGGGGAGGUCGUCCUUAUGGACCUGUCUGACUACAUGCCCGUCACCGCCGCCGCGUCCAAGUCGCCAGCGCGCUGCGUUGUCGUCGCCCCCGGUGGCGAGAUCCUGGCGGGCUACGCCGACGGCUACCUUAGAGCGUGGUCUCCGGCUCGCAGCGCCGGGAGCGCGGAGAUGCUGUGGCAGGCGAACUGCCACCGGGAGGGGGUCACCAGCGUGCGGGCGAGCCCGGACUUCAUCGUCACGGGCGGGGUCGACUGCAACGUGCGCUUCUGGCACGUCGAGUCCCACAGCAUGCUGACCUCGUUCACCAACCACCGCAAGCCUGUGGCCGACAUCACCAUCGACGAGGGAGCUGCCCAUCUGGUGCACUCGACCAGCCUCGACAAGCAGGUGGUCACCUACGACCUGAAGCAGAACAAGCCAGCCGUCCAACACUUCACGCAGGGGAGCAGCUUCACGGGGCUCUCGCAGCGGAAGGAUCGGGACAGGGAGGUGGUCACGUGCUCCCUGGACGGCAGGAUCCUAUUCUGGGACGUCGACUACGCCGACCCCACCGGCUGCAUUGACCCUCCCGCGGGCCAGGUGCACAGGCUCACCUGCGUGUCGGUGUCGCCUUCGGGCCGGUACAUCGCGGCGGGAGCCGAGGACGCUUGCCUCCGCAUCUACGACCUGGCGACGUGCAGCUGCAUACAGGAGUGCGAGGGACACAUGGGCAGCGUCAACAAGGUGCGGUGGAGCCCCGAUCAGAAGCAGAUUGUCACCGCCGGCAAGGACGGCUGCGUGCUCGUCUGGAACUUCUUCGAGCUGUGACGGGCGUCCCUGUCCCCUCGCUCUGGCCGCCUUCCCUGAGAAGGGUGAGCAGCGGAAAUCCCCGUCAGAAGAGGAGGAGG